AGUCCAGGGAAUGAUGAGCUGGAUGAGGCCGUGAAGAAGAAGGAUCUGGAUAAGGCCAGCGAGAUCCUAAGGGAAAUCCUCAGCCGUCGCCUCUACAAGUGUGUGGGCCAGUUCUAUUCAGCAAAAGACAGGAUUGAGGAUACAGAGGCAAUGCGUUGUGAGUUGGCAGGUGACCAGGACAAUCCCCAGGGCAAUAACCUGAGGCAGACCACUUCAUUGUCAAUGUUAUCAAGAUGGACUAUGGUAUGAAGGAGAAGGAUCCCAUUGAUCACAUACGUUUUUACCACAAGAGUGACCCCAACAGGGCCUUCAAGAUCCCCAGGGGCCAGGCGUCCACGCUCAUCCCAAAACACUUUCAGGAGUGGUUGAUCCAGGUGUACUGUAAGAGGACUGAUGAGGAGAGCCUGGGGACGGCCAGGGAGCGCUUUGAACGGUGGUGCAACGCUCAGAAUGAACACGCCGGAGCCGGAAGCCAAUGAAGGCCCAAACUCAAGAAAAAACAAGAUUUGGGGCAUUUAAUAUUAAUUUGUUGAAGUGUUCUUUUUAUUUUUCAAAGUUUGAACGUUUUUCCUGAAUAAUAAUAAUAAUAAGAAGAAGAAUUUUGGGUAGAUUGGUCCUUUGUUUGGGUUACUAAGGUAUACAUACCACAACGCUUGAUACAUUGUGGGUUGAAAAAAAUAUAUAUAUUCCGUCUACGUUCAUGUUUAGUGCUCUUUUCAAAGAUAUAUUACGAUAAUGUUGUAUUAAAGGCUCAGGAGUGUUUCAAGGGACUGCUUGCGGUUUUGCUAAUCUGUGAAAAUAAAGGACAACUGAAAAGCAUAUUUUUUCAAGAUAGAAAGAGGCUGGGGCAAACAUUGUGAUAAAUUGUGAAAAAUAAAUAAACGGCCCUCUCCUCAAUGUCUAAAUGUUUCCUUUGUAACCACCAGAGGGCAGCAUGACCGUGCGUUUCUCCAAGAAGGCAGUCAUCCGUGGUCACCUGUUAAACGUUUCCUAUUUUGAAACAACUUUAAAAGUACGUCACUAUGUAUUUAAACGUUUUUUAACAAAAUGAAAAAGGUGUGUAGACUAGUUGGUCUAUAAUAAACCUAUUGUAUUGUUUUUUAUCUUUUGUCUUUUAAAUGCUAUAUUCAUGUUUACCAUAAUUUGUGCUAUUCUGGUUAAUUUACCAGU